AUGGUGGAAUCCAAAACGGCCGGGGCUCCAUUGAACCCGAAACCGUUCCUAACAAGUCUCGCCGGCAAAGCCGUGGUCGUUAAACUCAAAUGGGGAAUGGAAUACAAAGGAACCCUCAAAUCGUUCGAUAGUUACAUGAACCUGCAACUUCAGGACCCCGAGGAGUGGGAGAACGGGGUGUUAAAGGGUAAACUGGGAAACGACAUUCUAAUCAGGUGCAACAACAUGUUAUAUGUGAGGGAGAAUACUGGGUAA